CCCAUCUCAGUAUUUCUCCUCUCUUCCUUUUUCCUGUUUUUCAUUUUUAUGGAUUAGUGUCUCCUUUUAUGACUGCACCAGGACAUAAUGGUUGAGGCAUAAUUUAAUCCGCUGAUGUGGAUGCCAAGCAAUGAGUGUUGGUGUGGUUCAACAAGCUGCAGCUAAAGUAGCAUUAAGGUUUCCUUGAGCUCCAGAGAAGAUGUCGACCAUGGUGUACCCGCGUGAGGAGAAGUUGGAGAAGCUCUCUCAGGAGGAGAUCAUCUCCAACACAAAGCUGGUGAUCCAGGGUCUGGAGGCUCUGAAGAAUGAGCACAACUCCAUCCUGCACAGCCUCCUGGAGACCAUCAAGUGCCUGAAGAAGGAUGAAGAGGCCAACCUGGUCCACGAGAAGUCAAGUCUGCUGCGCAAGUCUGUGGAGAUGAUCGAGCUGGGGCUGGGAGAGGCGCAGGUCAUGAUGGCUCUGUCCAACCAUCUGAACGCAGUGGAGUCUGAAAAGCAGAAGUUGCGUGCUCAGGUGCGGAGGCUGUGUCAGGAGAACCAGUGGCUGAGGGAUGAACUGGCCAACACCCAACAAAAACUGCAGAAGAGUGAGCAGAGCGUGGCCCAACUGGAGGAGGAGAAGAAGCACCUCGAGUUUAUGAACCAGCUCAAGAAGUACGAUGAAGAUGUCUCGCCCACUCAGGAGGAGAAAGACAAAGAGACCCCCAAGGACUCACUGGACGACCUGUUCCCCAACGAUGAAGAGGAUCAGGGACAAGGAAUGCAACAUCAACACAACAGCGCGGCAGUGGCAGCAGCUCAGCAGGGGGGCUAUGAGAUCCCAGCCCGCCUCCGGACCCUCCAUAACUUGGUGAUCCAGUACGCCUCACAGGGCCGGUACGAGGUGGCAGUGCCCCUCUGCAAACAGGCCCUGGAGGAUCUGGAGAAGACCUCUGGACACGACCACCCUGAUGUGGCUACUAUGCUCAAUAUCCUGGCUUUGGUCUACAGAGAUCAGAACAAAUACAAAGAGGCGGCCCAUCUGCUGAAUGAUGCUCUGUCCAUCCGGGAGAAGACUCUCGGCAAAGACCACCCAGCGGUUGCUGCGACACUGAACAACUUGGCUGUGCUGUACGGGAAGAGGGGGAAAUACAAGGAAGCCGAGCCUUUGUGCAAGAGAGCUCUGGAGAUCAGAGAGAAGGUUUUGGGGAAGGACCACCCGGAUGUGGCCAAACAGCUGAACAACCUGGCUCUGCUGUGUCAGAACCAGGGCAAGUACGAGGAGGUGGAGUACUACUACUGCCGCGCACUGGAGAUCUAUGAGUGCAGGCUGGGACCAGACGACCCCAAUGUGGCCAAGACCAAGAACAACCUGGCAUCCUGCUUCCUCAAACAGGGCAAAUACAAGGAGGCUGAGAUCCUGUACAAAGAGAUACUGACCCGCGCCCAUGAGAAGGAGUUUGGCUCUGUGGAUGCUGAAAAUAAGCCCAUUUGGAUGCACGCAGAGGAGCGUGAGGAGAUGAGCAAGGGCAAGCACCGAGACAACACUCCCUAUGGGGAAUAUGGAGGCUGGUACAAGGCCUGCAAAGUCAACAGCCCCACAGUGAACACCACCCUGAGGAACUUGGGCGCCCUCUAUCGCAGACAGGGCAAACUGGAGGCAGCGGAGACUCUUGAGGAGUGUGCUGUCCGGUCCCGUAAACAGGGCCUGGACCCGAGCCGCGUUGUAGAGAUCCUGAGGGAUUCGGAGGGCGAGAGGCGGAGGAGCCGUGACAGUCUGACCAGCGUUAAGUACGAGAGUGGCUCUGAGACCGGAGAGGAAGUGAGUAUGGGCGUCGAGUGGAACGGGGCCUAAGCCAUCAAGAUUAUUCCUCCAUCCUUCUCUUCUUCUCCCAACACAAAAGUCAAUCGGAUGUGCGCCCCCUUUUGGCCUCUCUGAGCUCCUGUACCAUUCCUCCUGGUGCCCCUGUCCCGGCAGACACACACACGGCUCACCUAUGCCCCCUGGUGGUUGUCUCCUGUCACUGCUCCAUUGGCAUCUGCUGCUGCUGCUGCUGUUGGGACGUUUGGUCUUUACAAAUCUGCCCUCUCUCUCCUCUUUCACAUUCUUCUCACUAACUCUUGUGUCGUUCAUGUUUGUAAAAAUGACUAGUUUAGCGCAAUUAAAGGGAUGGCCCACUUUUUUGUAAUUAUGAUCUCUAUGGAAAUUGAUAGCCGACUCGCUCCCUAAUAGAUCUUACAAAUAUAUGUACAUUGGCUAAAACAAUAUUAAAACGUUAACAAAACAGCAGGUACAAUACUUGGUGGAUUGCUAACUCAAAUAUUUUACUAAUAAAAUCUGUGUUUGUUUAUUCUUGGGUUUCAGAGUUAUGAAACAUAAGCACUGUUACCAUGGCAAUGAACAAUUCAAAAUGAGCCUAACUGCUGGUAUAAAACCUAUUGUGUUAAUACCUUGAAAUUAUGUGAUGGGGGAAGCCAAUAUGUCCAAAGUUUUAUUCACCAGAUCAUACAAUUGAUACAACGUUGUAGCUUUUAAACGGUGCAUGUUUGAACAUACAAAAAACAAAAUAAAAAUAAUUACAAAAUACUAGAUUAUCCCUUUAAAUAAUCAUCGUGUGUGUAACCAUUAUGAACUAUGAGAAAUCACUCGCACAUCUGUCAUUAGUGAGUUUCAUUGUAAAUGUAAAAACAGUGUAAUAUAUAAAACUAAGAUGUCAUAGUUAAUACAGACAUUUCUCCAUACAAAACAUCUAGUGUCAAAAUAGGCCAAUAUUUAUUUAGAUUUUGUUGGUUUUACAUGUCCACAGCCUUGAGUGCUCACAGCCUGUUUUAAGUUAAAGCCAAAUUAUAUUAACAAGGAGGUGGCUUUUAACUUGGUGCCUGUAUUUGGUCAAUAUUAUAGUUACUUUAUCAAAUGCCUAAAAUAUGGUACUGUAUAUUAAACUUAUUAUUAUUAUUAAUAUUCAAAGUUUUUAUUUUAGUCGAUAAGCUGAGAGAGUUAUAAGAAAGGGAGCUUGGUGUUUUUAUAGAUUGUUUAUUUGAAAUUUUGUAUAAUUUUGUUUACAUUUUUUUGGUAUUGCUUUUUAUGUUUUGUGGCUAAAUAUGCAGGCAGUUGAUUGCAAUGACAUACUGUAGCUAUUUCGACAUCGCCGUGGCUGUAACUACAGAUACAGUGGAUAACAUGUCAUUGGAUUAUUCAGCGAGGGGUAAUAAAAUGAUAAAGGGACAUAGGAGCGUGCUAAUACCAAUUCAAGCUACAUACUUUUUAAGAUGCUAAUCUGAUUCUAGUAUAUUUUAUAAAGGUACCAUUUCAACCCCAAUGUCCCACUGUGUAACAUUUUAGCCAAAAAAAUAGAAUCUUUUCAGUUGUCUGCAUGGAAAUGUUAUUCUUUCAGCUGUAAUAUUCCACAGUAUGCUGUAAAAUGCAGACAUCCAUUAUAUUUUCUAUGUUAUAAUUGUAUGUCUGUGGUAAAACGUAUCUAGGAGAAUGACAGUAUGCUUUUGACAUUGUAUUUCCAUGCAAGAAAUGUGCCACCUCCAGAAAGUUAAAGUUAGAUCUGAAUAAACUAAACACACCUAGAUAACAAUCAAACAAAUCCAUUUCUUUACUUAAAAAUUUAACAUUUUAAAUUUUAAAACGGUUUGUUUUCCUCUCUUGCAACCCUCAGCUCCAACUGUGACAUACUCCUGACUGCAUCUGUGGUUAAUGUAGCCAUGGUGAUGUCUCCAUGGUGAUGUUUUCAUAAUUAGCUUUAACGUCCUUGGAUUUUUCAAUGGUUUUCAACACAAAACGUUCACACAUUUCAAAGGGAAUCAGCAACACAAAAUGUAAAGUGACUGUAAAAGCAGGAACACGGAGCACAGAUAGUGGCACAGGAACGUUUUAGAUAUUAAUAUAAGGUUUCAGUGGUGUUCGAUAUCUUGCCUAGUGUCCCAUUUAUUGUUGUAGCUAGUUAGUAGUUCAAGUCUGUAGAGUUCAGGGUCCUGUACUAUGAAGUUUAGUCUGAAUAAUGUUAGUAGAGUGAUUCAAUGCAUUUUGUAAACUGAGGUAGAUUUGUGCACAAGAAUUUUGAUUUUAGUAUGUAUACUUCGUAUCUGGGGACAGAUAGGUGACGUCUAAAGAAUUUAAAAUACAAGUCUUACAUACUGUUCCUUUUAACUGAAGUAGAGUCUGCGCAAUUAAGAUUCUCUGACAAAUAGAUUAAUCUAACUACUGAAUAAAGAUAACAUUUUUUUCAUUGAAUUCUCAAAAUUUGACCACUACAUUAUCUUUGUAGGUGCUGUUUUCUGUCCUAAAUGAGAUCAUGUUCACAGUACAGGGCCCUGGUUCUUAGAGUAGUUUUAGUGUGUACUUGUGUAACGUGCUUCAGUCACAUUGUCCACUCUGGUUUACCUGUAAAUGGUUAAUGCAUUUUGAACACAAAGCUCAAUGGAGUGUUGCCUUUUUCUCACAAAAUUGUAAAACAUUUGGUGAUUUAUUUGUGCUUAUUCCAGCCACUAAAAUCCCAGUGUUUCGUAUCAGAUGUUAUUUGAACUAACUGAAUGUAAUUAUGGACUUGUAAUUGUAAGGCUGUAUACAUAAACUCACUAUUAUGGCUCUCUUGGUAUGCUAUUUGCCUUCUCCAUUCCUUUCAAUGAUACACCUAUCUCUUCAAUGCAAAAUAAGUGACUAUGUUGAUCACAUAAAUGACAAUAUUGUGUUAGUGGAAUGCUUAUUUAUUGAGCUGUCUCUUUCAGCAUAUAGAAACAUAGCGUGGCUUCAGUUACCUAAAGUGGACAAGCAUUAAUGGUAAGGUCUAUAAGCACUAUCGUAGACUGUAGGACUGCGUUAAAUAUGUACCAUUCUGCAUUGUGAAGACUAUUGCAUUGACACUUGUUGGUAUUCUCAAAUAAAGUUUUUCAUUUGUGAAA